AAAAGAUAACCCCUCUCAUCUCUCAUCUGCUAACGCAAUUCCAGAUUUCUCUAAAGCAAUCCAACGCAGUCUGAAAAACACUUUCAGUGGCGUCCACUAUGAGCACAUUCGGGUCUGGCAUCUGCCAAAACGUAUCCACAACUGCUUUGGGGAUGAACCCCAAGCCAAGACUCGCUUUUGGUGUCGCUACCAUCAAUCCAAGGCCUCGGCCAUCAUCGGCUUUGGUGGUCAGGGCUGAGGGACAAACCAUAAAUCCAGAAAUUAGAAAGACUGAGGAGAAAGUGGUUGACUCAGUCGUCGUCUCAGAACUCUCCAAGCCGCUUACCCCUUAUUGCAGAUGUUGGAGGUCUGGUACUUUCCCUCUUUGCGAUGGAAGCCAUGUGAAACACAACAAGGCUACAGGGGACAACGUUGGCCCUUUGCUCUUGAAGAAGCAGUGAUCAUAAUCUCUUUAAUUUUGAUUUGGUUUCUCCAUCAUGACUUCGGUCUUUUAUUUUGAUUCCCGUAAUGUAGAAACCGUUUU